GGUUGGAUUGGAUGACAUCUAUCGCGAUAGAGGAAAUUUCUGACGUUUUAUGGACGACGGCCUUGUCUUGGAAUGUACAUAAUCGCUUUAUCCAAAUAGAGUGAAAGAAAUAUUUGUUUGCCACUUUCGGAAAAUAUAUCAUCAGUGUGUUUUUUUUAUGAAACUGUACAAUGGCCAGUGACAGGAAUUAGUAAACUCAUGGGGAUGAGAGGAGCCACGGUGCAGCGGCGUUCAGGGCUGUGGGCUUAGUAACUCUCUGUGGGCUCAGGAUGGCGCAGGGAGGCCCUCAGCUAGACUAUCACAUUCUGCAGGACCUCAAGCAGCGCUUCCCCGAGAUCCCAGAGGGCGUGGUUUCACAGUACCUUCUGCAGAACAACAAUAAUCUGGAUAUAUGCUGCCACCUGCUGGCUCAGGAGAGUAACAGGUACCUGUAUGGGGAGUACCACAGCCCGGAGGAGGUCCGUUUGAGCCGGAACCACAUGCUGCACAUCCAGCUGGACUACCCUCCCCCCUCGGAGGGCAAGUCCAAUGGCGGGGGCCGGUCGCUGGUGCAUAGCUCCAGUGACGGUCAUAUUGAGCCCCAGCGGGCCGGCUUCUCCGAGCCCCUCUCGGCUCCGGCCAACAUUGCUCCGUUGCUGGGGUACAACCCCUUCUUUAUGAACGACCACGCGGGGCGCUCUGCCAGCACCCCCACUCCGCCUCCAAUGGCGGGAAUGUCUCCGACCUACGCCCCCGUCCCCCGCUACACGAUGAACCCCAUCACGGUCAGCCUCCCACAGAACCUGCCCACUGCCUUGCAAAUCCCCGCCAGUCACUACAGCAGCAGUGGUGGCAGCGCCCUCUACACCCGGCCCUCGCCCUCUCAGAGCCCUCAGCCCUCCCCCUGGCCGUCGUCCGGGCAACCUGGGUAUCAAGCCUCGCCCUAUAACACGCCCACCUACCAUUCUCCCUACAGCUCUCCCCAACACCACGUCCAGCCCCAACACCAGCCCCAACACCAGGUCCAGCCCCAACACCAGGUCCAGCCCCAACACCAGGUCCAGCCCCAACACCAGGUCCAGCCCCAACACCAGCCCCAGCAGACUCAUGUGUUUCUGCCCAUCAGCCCACCCACCCCAGCCAGCAUGCCCUACCAGUCACAGCAGAUCUAUCGGCCUUACCUGCCAAAGAGCACCCUGAAGAACCAGAUCGAGAUAACCCUGGAGGGCCUGCCGCCUCGCAGUAACUCCCCUGUCCACUGUCCCCAGGGCCAGUCGCUGUACCUGACCAGCAGCCCCUCCCCCAGCUCACCGCAGCGGGCCCUCAGUCUGAGCGGCGGGGGGCCCAACACCUUCCACCCCGGGGUCUAUAUGCACCCGGGCCCCGCGAGGCCAAGACCCGCCUCCUCGCCGCAGCCGGGCAGCCAGCCGGGCUACACCGUCAAGAUCAAAGUGUCCCCGGGUCAGGCCCUGCAGCAGAGGCCCCCCUCCGGCUCCCCUCCUGUGUCCUCUCCUCCUGAGUCUCUGCUCAACAUGGUGGAUCAGGGGGAGCAACAUGCACUGGCCCCGGCCCCCAUCCUGCCCAUCUCUGCCCUGCCCGCCAACAUCUCCUGCAACAUCACCAACCGCAUGCCGCGCCGGUCCAGCUCGGGUUCUGACGACUAUGCUUACACCCAAGCUCUCCUGCUGCACCAGAGGGCUCGUAUGGAACGUCUGAUGAAGGAGCUGCUCAUGGAGAGGCAGAAGCUGGAGCAGCUCAAGGCAGACGUCAACGACAAGGAGUACGACGCUCUGCAGCGACGCUUCAGACGGGUCAACAGUACCAGCCUCAUCCCCAAGCCUGAAGAGAUGACCCGAUUGCGGAGUCUGAACCGACAGCUUCAGAUUGAUAUCGACUGCACCCUGAAGGAGACAGAUUUACUGCAGUCUAGAGGGAGGUUUGAUCCAAAAGCCGAGAACAGCUUUUAUAAGGACAUUCAGCCCGGUCCAGGGAUUCCACCCAAGGUGGUACAGAAAGAGCCCAAGACCGUCUCUGCUGGUCCGCAGAGAGAUGAAGACUUCGAGGGAGCCCAGUGGAGCUGUGAAGAAUGCACCUUCCUCAACCACCCUGCACUGAACCGCUGUGAGCAAUGUGAGAUGCCGCGCUGCACCUGAGCCCGGCCCGGCCCACACAACCACGCCUCCUCCCGCUGGCUCCCCACCCACGUCUGUGUGACCCUCCUUUGUCAAUCGAUAUUACCCCUCCCACCUGCUGAGGAAGAGCCACUACCCCCCCACACCCCCCCCGCAACCAUCCCAUGCACUUUGACCCGUCUGGAUUACAGGAAGACAUUUUCACAGGAGGAUGGCGGGUGACUGUUCCCGUGGCAACCCGAGAGGGGAAGGGCUGGCUAUCGGGUAGUAGCGGGUGAGCCGACAGAACGACAAAUGAGGCACUGUUGUUUUUAGAGUAUGGAGGACGAGGCGGUAUGGCGUACCGAGUGAACAUUCCGUUGCAGAAUGACCGAGACUGCCCCGUUUACAGGACUGAUCACAUUCCCACUCCCACUGGCGGACAGUGCCACCGUCCUGACCGUUUAGCUGAGCUGCACUCUGACAGGGGGACAAUGGCUAAAAGAAAGAGUCCAAUGAACUAAUCCUGAAGUAGACUAUACACUGUAUUGGCUCUGUACCAAGAGCUCCUUCCUUCAUCCAGUGAAGAACACUAAAGAGACUUGCAAAUGAAUAUAUUCCUGGUACUUUUAUGUGUAUCAUUGCUCACACUGUAUUAUGUGUUAUGAAGAUGUAGAUUUUUCCCUGUUGCAAAUGCCUCAUGUUGCUGUACCUAAUAAAGGAGCUGAUUCUAUGUGA